AAAAUUAAUAAAUUACUAAAAUAAAUAUAAAAUAUUGAAAAAAUGAAUAAACUUUCUCUAAUACUAUGCCUUUCGAUAAUCCUGGUUUCUUUUAGAGCAGAAAGUGAAUUUAAUUUUGAACACACUGUUGAGAUCAUUGAAGGAGAAUAAUAUAUCUAAACUCCCUAUGGCUUGAUGUUAAAAGAAUGUGUUCAAAAUGUUCCAUCAGGUACUUUUGUUGAAGAAUUAGAGGACGGAUCUAUACAUCUUACAAACGACUAAUAAAACUUUGCAAAAAAGAUUUUUAAAAACGAUAGAUGUUCCCAAAGAAAUCCUACCAAGAAUCUCAAAGAUUGGAUUGAUAGUAGUGGAUAUUAUCUCCCUGUUGGCUUUACUUUAAAAUCAUUUGAAGGAAACUACACUGUCCCUAACAAACCUUAAACUAACCAUGGCUAAGUAUUGUAUUACUUUAUUGGAUCUUAAAAUAAUGACGGAAGUGGUCCUGGUACAACUAUCGUCUAACCUGUUUUGACCUACAAUGGUAAUUGGAUAUUCUAAUCUUGGAACUGUUGCCCUCAAGGUUAAGCUAUAAAUGCAAGUCCUGUUUCAGGAAUCAAUCCAUAGGAUUCAAUUCAUGGCUCAAUCACAGUUUAAAAUAAUGUUGUUAAUAUCACCUCAACAAAUAAAGCUGGCAAUUCAUCUGUUUUAUCAGUUGCUUAAAGUGGUAGAAACUUUAAUUGGAUUGAUGCUACUUUGGAAGUUUAUUAUAUUUCUGCAUGUACUGACUUCCCUAAUGGCUAUUUAGAAUACACAGAUAUGAAGGUAGUUAUAUCAGACGGUGAAACAAUUCAACCAGCUUGGUAUGAUAAGUAUGGUAUCUCAGAAUGCAAUGGAAGUAUUCAAAUUAUUAAUCCUUCAACAAUCAAAAUACAACAUUAUGUUUCUGCUUAAGAACAGCAGUGA